AUUGAAAUUUGACGGAACGGGAAUGUCAGUCGUCAACAUGAUGUGGCAUAUCGUAAAACGGCCACUGUAAUUUUAAGUUUUUUUCGUAAUUCUGCCGAUAUUCUCGGCACGAAAUAAUUAUGUAAUUAAGAUUCGCAUGGUAAAUAAUCGUCUGCCGUACCGAAUAUACGCAUAUAGUACAAAAACGCGAAAACUCGAAAGUUUUUAAUUAACGACCAAAACACGUAUCGUUUAAUCGGAUUUACUAAAAGGCUGUGUUACACAUCGUAAAAUAUAUAACGAAAUGGAAUCCGUAGUACCAGAAUUCGAAGAAUUAAUGUUAUGCGGAUAUUGUAAGCAAAAGUUCAACGAAACCGACCAAAGUCCGAAAUUGUUGUCCUGCAAACAUUAUUUUUGUUUGCAAUGCAUGCGCACGAAUCUGACCAAAGGCCAGGAACUGUACUGCGUACAUUGUUGGAAGAGAACCGAAAUCGGCGAACUAGGACCGGAAUCCCUGCCGACUUACAACCCCGUAUUGUGUCUAACCAAGAAUUUUUCCCAAUUGAAAUUGGGCGUGAAACCGCCGGAUAAAAAAGUGAUAUCGGAAAAUUGUCACACGCACGCCAUGCCUUUGGCGUUGUGGUGUCACACGUGUUGCUCGCCGGUAUGUCGCGCAUGCGCCACCACCACCGACCACUCCUCGCACCAAAUCAAAUCGCAAAACGAAGCUAAAGAUCAGCUAAUCGCCGAAUUACAAAUCGAUCUCGCAUCGAUGAACAAAAUGUUAUCCGAGAUACAAAGACUUAUAAUGCAACAGCGCGAAUUCUUACUUAAAAUAUUGGAGGCUUGCGUCACGUUGAAGACGUACGUCGAAGCGGAACUCACCAAUAACGUAUCGCAUUUCGAAUUGACCGACACCAGGGACACUUUGGCGAAAUUGCGCUUGAAUUUAUCGAUGGCGGAAAGUCUUUCGGACGUCCACAAUUUGUAUUCGAGCGUCAAUAUCGAAAAGCAACGUCUCCAACUCCGCUACCAGGAGAUGUACCUCCAAUGCCAACUCGACGAUCUCAUCAGGAAUUCGAGCGUCAUAUUCGAUUUCCAAUUGUUGAAACAAGCGCUUAGUAAUAUACAUAACGGCGAAACGAUCUAUCCAGGAAAUUCUCGAAUACUUCCCGCCUCCCAACAAAAUCCCAUUCUAUUUUUAGCGAAUUAUUGUAUGUCGCAACUUUAUUCUCGACAGAUGUUGUCCAAACAAACAGUCAACGGUAAUUUGGAUUACCACAACCACAAUUCCAUCCCGCCUAUCAACUACCUCCCUCACAAUCCGCCACCCCAACCGCAUCUCGUUAUAUCCGCCCCGAAGAACAUCUACCAAGAAAACAACAUCAUGGUGCAAAAUAUGAUGCCGUCGCCGCAAAUUAGAAACCCCGCGAGUAUGUGUCCCUUGUAUUAUUUCAAUAUCGAAGUGAGCGGUACGCAAUUGGGUAGAAUCGUCAUCGAAGUACGCGCCGACGUGGCCCCCAAGAUGGCCAAGAACUUCGGGGUGUUGACUACAGGCGAAGCCGGCAUGGGUUACAAGGGAUGCCACAUAUUUCAAUGCUGGGAAGGGGAGAGCGUCAUCACGGGGGAUUUCGAAUUGAAUAACGGUAGAGGCGGUAGAUCCAUUUUCGAGGAAUCGUAUUUCUUACCGGACGAUACAAAAUUGAUGGCGGUGAGGGGUACGGUCGGUAUGAGACGCACCCAAAAACGACACGAUAAUUUGGGUAUGGUCGGAUCGCAAUUUCGUAUUAUUUUGCAAGAGAUGCGAGGGUUCACGGGAAUUUUCGGACACGUCGUCGAAGGCUUGGAAUUAGUCGAAAAGAUAAGUACGUACGGGGAUACGGCGGGUAAACCGACCAAAAAUAUUUUGAUAUCGAAAUGUGGUAAACUGUAACGUUUCUUGUUUUCUUUGUUUUCGUUUUUUUUUUUUCUUUUUUUCUUUCUUUAUUUUGUUGUUGUUGUUGUUGUUAAGGCGAUUCGAAAAUAUCAUCGAACACGAUAUAACAUAAUAAUAUAUCGGUCAUUGUAAUUUGGAUUCAGUAAAAAUAUUAAUGCGACGAAUAUUAGGUAAGAUUUUUUUGAUUUUUUCUUUUUUUUUUGAUAAAAAAGCAGUUUGCGUUGACUUUCGAUCGAAAAUGAUGCUCGAUCUUAUUGUUAAGCGGAUUCCUGGGUAAAUAUUCUAUUAAAUUGAAAUUAUACGUCCAUUUUAACAGCAGUUUCUGACUUUUUCAACUUUUAAACGUAAAAAUGUCACGGUAAAAAAAAUUUAUACAUUUUCCCGCGCCCUUUUCAACUUUUGAACGUAAAAUUUCGACAAAAACAACAAUAUUUUGACUUUUGCGCGUCAAUUUUAACUUUUAAACGUGAAAAUGUUCAGUUAACAGCAAUUUACGACUAUUCCGGCGCCUUUUCCAUUGUUUACAUGUGAAAAUUUUCUUGUAAACACCCAGUUUCUGACUUUUUCCGCCCUUAUUUUAGCUUUUAUACGUAAAAAUAUAAAUAUAUAGUUAUUAUAACUUUUCCCGCGCCCAUUCUAACAUAGUAACAGAAAUUUCUAAUUUUUCCCGCGUCUAUUUCAACUUUUGAACGUAAAAAUGUUACAGUGACAAGAAUUUAUAACUUUUCCCGCCCUUUUUUUAACUUUUAAACGUAAAAAUGUCACGUUGCCAGCAACUUGAAACUUUUAGCGCGCAUUUAACUUACUAUCGUAAAAAUUUCCAUGGUAAUAGGAACUUCCAUCGUUUAAACGUAAAAAAAUUCCAUAUAAACAGCAGUUUCUGACUUUUCCCGCGUCUAUUUAGUCCAAUAUCGGCUGCUCAGACUACUAACUAAGUCAAUAAUAACUAUUUAAACAAUACUUAGAAUUGUUCUGUCAUUGUUUAGUCAAAAAUAGGCUAUUUUGACUUGGCGAUUUGUUAUAUUUAAGUCAAUAAGAUUCGCCAGUUAAUAUUUUGACUUUGUGAAAAAGUGGCAAGUCAAUAGUAAUCGUUAUAAGACUUUUUAGUUAUAAUUUCGUACUAUUCCGACAAUUAGUUAAUCUACAAUUAACUACUCUGUCUUCAGAAGACUCUUAACUAAGUCGAUAGUAGCUGUUCUGUCGCGUUUUAGUUAGAACUUGAUACUAUUCUGACAUUAUACAAUCGAAAAUUAGCUAAUCUGACUUGAUAAGUAAAUUUCUAAUCAAAAUUUGCUAAUAUUUUGACAUUAUUUGAUUGAAAAUUAGCUAUUCUGACGCAAUGAAAUAUAUCUAAGUCAAUAGUAACUGUUUUCGUAAAAUUUUAGUCAAAAUGUGUUAAAAUUCUGUCGAUAUUUAGUUGAAAAUUAGCUAUUCCGAUUUAAUGUAAAUCAUUAGUGAUUAUACUGAGAAAUUUGAUUCAAAAUUCAAUAAUAACUUGACAUUAUUAUCUAUUCUGACUUUCUGCGACAGUAAUUAAUUAAAUAGUAGCUGUUCCGUGACGUUUUUGUUGAAGUUUGGUUGUAUCUGACAUACAGCUAUUCUAAUAAUAACUUAGUAAACAAAUAAUAGCUAUUCUGACUUUUGUAAUAGCAAUCAAUUGGAUAUUAACUAUUCUGAUAUUUUUUAGUUAAAUUUUAGUAUUACUCCAACAUCAAUUCAUCCGAAAUUUACUAAGCUGAUUUCGUUUAGUAAUAACUAAGUCGAUAUUAGCUAUUUUUACAAUUUUUAUUUAAAGUUUAGUACUAUUUCGACUUCGUUUAAGAAUAACUAAGUCAAUAACAGCUAUUCUGAUACUUUAGCUAAAAGUUUAGUAACUAUUUUGAAUUCUUUUAAGAAUAACUAAGUCAAUAUUAGCUAUUUUGACAUUUUUUAUUUGAAGUUUAGUACUAUUAUGACUUCGUUUAGUAAUAACUAAGUCGAUAUUAGCUAUGUUGACAUUUUUUUUCACAGUUUAGUACUAUUUUGACUUAUUUUAGUAAUAACUAAGUCAAUAUCAGAUAUUCUGAUACUUUUAGCUAAAGUUCAGUUCUAUUUUGACUUAUUUUAAUAUUAACUAAGUCAAUAUUAGCUAUGUUUACACUUUUUAUUUAAAGUUUAGUACUAUUUCGACUUAGUUUAAAAAUAACUAAGUCAAUAACAGCUAUUCUGAUACUUUAGCUAAAAGUUUAGUAACUAUUUUGAAUUCUUUUAAGAAUAACUAAGUCAAUAUUAGCUAUUUUUACAAUUUUUAUUUAAAGUUUAAUACUAUUUCGACUUAGUUUAAGAAUAACUAAGUCAAUAACAGCUAUUUUGAUACUUUUUAUACAUUUUUUUUCACAGUUUAGUACUAUUUUGACUUAUUUUAGUAAUAACUAAGUCAAUAUCAGCUAUUCUGACACUUUUAGCCAAAGUUCAGUUCUAUUUUGACUUAUUUUAAUAUUAACUAAGUCAAUAUUAGCUAUGUUUACACUUUUUAUUCAAAGUUUAGUACUAUUUCGACUUAGUUUAAAAAUAACUAAGUCAAUAACAGCUAUUCUGAUACUUUAGCUAAAAGUUUAGUAACUAUUUUGAAUUCUUUUAAGAAUAACUAAGUCAAUAUUAGCUAUUUUGUCAUUUUUUAUUUGAAGUUUAGUACUAUUAUGACUUCGUUUAAUCAUAACUAAAUCAAUACUAGCUAUUUUGAUACUUUUUAUACAUUUUUUUUCAGUUUAGUACUAUUUUGACUUAUUUUAGUAAUAACUAAGUCAAUAUCAGCUAUUCUGAUACUUUUAGCCAAAGUUCAGUUCUAUUUUGACUUAAUUUAAUAUUAACUAAGUCAAUAUUAGCUAUGUUUACACUUUUUAUUCAAAGUUUAGUACUAUUUCGACUUAGUUUAAAAAUAACUAAGUCAAUAACAGCUAUUCUGAUACUUUAGCUAAAAGUUUAGUAACUAUUUUGAAUUCUUUUAAGAAUAACUAAGUCAAUAUUAGCUAUUUUGACAUUUUUUAUUUGAAGUUUAGUACUAUUUUGACUUCGUUUAAUCAUAACUAAAUCAAUACUAGCUAUUUUGAUACUUUUUAUACAUUUUUUUUUCACAGUUUAGUACUAUUUUGACUUAUUUUAGUAAUAACUAAGUCAAUAUCAGAUAUCCUGAUACUUUUAGCUAAAAUUCAGUUGUAUUUCGACUUAGUUUAAUAAUAACUAAGUCAAUAACAGCUAUUCUGAUACUUUUAGCUGAAGUUUAGUACUAUUUUGACUUAUUUUAAUAAUAACUAAGUCAUUACUAGCUGUUUUGAUACUUUAUGGUGAAUAUUAGCUAUUCUACGACUGUAUUUCGUUAAGAAAAAGCCCGCGCAAACUGCUUAAAGACGUAUACCCACAUCUUUUUGGUUUCGUAGAUAUUACGACAUAUCUUUUUAUUUAAUUGAGAAAAUUUAAACGUCAAAAAUAUAUAAAAAUAUAUACGUGUAUAAUAAAAACAAAAAAAAAAAAAAAAGAAAAAAAUGUAUUUGUGUAUAAAUGAAGCAAUUGACUAGAUGUUUUUUAAUGUGUAGCUUGAGUCAAACUGCAAUUUUAGCUUCCUCUGGUUGUUAAAAACAGAAUAUCAAAAAAAUUAAAAAUAGUAUCGAUUUACUUCCAAUAAACAAAACGAAACCGUAUUUCUUAGUACAAUUCUAUCUAUUCGAGAAAGAAAAAAAAAUGAAAACAAAUAUAUAUAUAUAUAUAUAUCUAUAUAUAACGUGUUAGCUUAAAAAAACCUAUCGAAUUCCGAAAUAUACUAUAUUUUCUUAAAUAUGCAAAAAUAUAUAGAUAAAAAUAGAUAUUUUUAUUGUUGUCGUUUUUAGCUUUAGCUUUUAAGUGUAAUUUGUUAUGUUUGGAAGAGCGUACGAAAUGUUAAAGAUAAAUAUAGUUUAAAACACGAAAAUUUCGCAGGGAAAAUUCAAUAAUAUGAAUAAACCAGUACUUUAUUGGUGACUUGGCAACAUCUCGUAUCUACAAUACAAAUAUCGACAUACUACUUGGAUUAGACGACCGUGAAUCGACGAUCGAAGACAAAGAGGACAAACAAGACCUAUCGGGGCCCGAAACUAACACGAGCGCGGUUUAAACACUCGAAAAAGUCUCACAACUUGAUCAAAAGUAACCUAUGAACUAUCGGGAUGUUCUUUACGUGGUAAUCCACCCGAUUGGGUUCAAAAAACGACUUUUUCGUGCCAGUUGUAGAUUGUUUCGGACCUCUCGGUGUCUUAAAUCGGUCAAAUUUGGAUAAGAGCUUUUGUCGAGUCACUACGCCCUUAAUUAGCAAACUGUGAAUCUAGCACAAACUUUAAUCAAGGCUGAUCCGUUUUUGUUCCAAUUAUAAUAAAAAAAUCGGCAAAGGUAUCAUUUUUAUUUCAAUAUUUACCCUAUCCGUACGUAAAUAGCAACCUAUGUAUAAUUUUUAAGAAAAUAUCCACUGAAUUUUUAUGAAUCUACGAUGGAAUUAAACUAUUUAAACGCAAGUAUCGAAUCGCCGUGCAAUGCUCGACACGAUUCACUUAUAUAUGUCGACUGUCGGGUAUGAAAUAACUCGUGAUCAAAUUUUAACGCAAUUUCUGUUCUUUUCUCGUGUUUAUUUUAUCUUUUCAACGUAAAAAUUCCAUGUCUACGGUAAUUUCCUACCUUUCCCACGCAUAUUUCAUCUUUAAAACGUAAAAAUUCCAUGUCAACAGUAAUUUCUGACUUUCCUCGUAUAUUUUAUCUUUCGAACGUUAAAUUCCAUGCCAAUAGCGGCAUUUUUAUACUUUUUCCUUGCCCUGGUAAUAUUUUUAUUUCAAUAUUUACCGUAUCCAUACUUAAAUUAAAUGCAAGUAUUGAAUCACCGUGCAAUGCCCGAGACGAUUCACUUUAACUCGUUAACUGCCAACUAUGAAAUAACUCGUAAUCAACCUUUCCGAAGAGAUAUAAUUCAAAUAUUUUUUUUUUUUUUUCAGUAUUAGUACAACUAUUAAAUGAAAUUAUAAAAAUAGCCUCGGCAGUCAACGUGUUAAUUUUCUAAUUGUGCUUUUGACAGUUUUAUUUCGAUUUAGAAACGGGAUCAGCACUCGAAAUAUUUUUACAUCAAACAGUUGGAGAUCAUAGAUCUAUAUAUAAAUCUAGAGCUAACUUUUCCAGAACGAAAUUGUUCUAGGUUAUUAGCUCUAAAUCCAACUAGGUAUAAAGGAGCGUAUUCCAUUUUGUUUUUAUAUGGUGGAAAGGUAAAAAAAUUUCCACUAGGCCAUAAAGGAAAGCAAACGUGUUUUUGUUGAGAAAAGUGAAUACGAAGGUGGUUCCAUGAUUACCCAAACUCGAUAAAAAAACUCUGAUAAGUUACAAAUUUACUAAAUUUUUCAACUCAGUCAAUUGCUUUGUAGACUUCUGUCGAAUUCAAUAACCAUUUCGAAACGAUUACUUUUGGUAUCACCCUCGUAUGUUACGUUAGUUAAUCUAAUACGUCUAUUAUAUGAUUUCGUUGAAGUGACAUGUGGCAAUAUGGCGUAACUUUUUUUAUGUUUUUUUUUAAUCGAUACGCGCCUUUACAUAACCUCAAUUUACGUCAAAUUUCUUACUUGAAUGUUUAUUGUAAAUGUUGCACUUAUUUUUAUAUAUGUACAUGUAAUAUACAGUAUGUUACUUUGCAUUAGUAUGUUUUGUAUUUUCUCGAACUUUUCUUUAUUUAUAAUUUAUUAAUUUAUGAUAAUUGUACCUUAUAUUAAGUUAAAAGUGUGAAUGGAGUUGUAUGACAUUUAAAAAAUGGAAAAUGCAAACAAAUAUUGAUAAAACGAUCGAAUUUCGAGAUCGAAUUCAUGGAAACAUGGAGAUAUAUUUUGUUAAUUGAUGUUAGGGAUAUGAAAAAACAAUUCUAAUCGAAAUAUAUGGAAUAACUUUUAAUAAAUCCUAUAUUUACGUUUAUAUAUUUUGUUUAGUAAAUUUUCGAUGUUCAUAGAGGUCAAUAAUCGAGUCUAUUUUCAAUAAACAGCUGAUAAUGUAUAUACAGUGUGUCCCAUUCGACUCGCAAUAUACAGCAUACAUUUCUUUUAAUAAAUUUUCAAAAAAAUGUGUAAAAAUUGAAUUGCAACCGUCAGAUAUUGAAAAUUGUUAGUUGUAUACGAGGUAUUUUGAAAGAUAUUAAUUAUAAAUUAAAUAUUUAAGGUCUAAGGGUUUAAAAAUUAUGUUUAUAGCAUUUCGUAAAAUCUUUAUGUACAGCGGGAUUAAAUUUGAUGAAAAAAAUAUUCAAUCACUUUUUUUAUUAAAAUUAUUGCAUCUUUUCGGACGUAUUGAGACGAUUUUAUAAAAAAAAUUUUAUAUCAAAAUACUACAAUCAAUUUUUUUUGUGAGUGGCUACAAAAUAACUGAAAACUACUUCGAAAACGACUUUUUUUGAAAAUAUCCCAAAAAUAUAUGAAAAAAAUUAGUUUUAACAUCAAACUAGACUUUUUAUACAAUUUUUUUUUGGAUUAUUAAUAGGCGAUUUUAAUAAGGGGUGUUUUCGGAAACUAUGGUCGGGUUAACAGAAUCAUGUUCUGAAUGUUCGGAAAGCAAUCAGGAUCCCGUUCACUUUCAUUAGGAAACUGCAAAUAAAUGUUAUUGAUUUUGGGUCUCUCUCUCUAUACCACGAGAUAUGAAUAAAAGAAAAAAAGGUUCUUUGCCAUAUUUGAUAACUUUGGGGCCCUGUAUCUUGGAAACUGGUCGUAUUUUAUUUUAAAUUUGACAUUUUUCGAAUGAAGCAACACUUUUUCAAUCGAUAGAGACUCUAUUUGAUGAUCCAAGUUCAAUUUACCAAGAGAUAUCAGCAAAAAUAAAUUAUUUGUAGGUUUCUAGUACUUUGGGGCCCUGUAUAUCGAGAACUCGCCAAAGUUCAUUGCGAAUUUGACGUUUUUUUAUUAGAACAACGUUUUCUCAAUAAAUUGAGAGGUUAUUUGAUCUUCUAAGGUCAAUAUAUCAAAAAAUAUUGGCUACGAAACAUACUUUGUGACUUUCAUUAACUUUGAGUACCUGUAUCUUAGAAACCGGUCGUAUUUUAUUUUAAAUUUGACAUUUUUCGAAUGAAGCAACACUUUUUCAAUCGAUAGAGACUCUAUUUGAUGAUCCAAGUUCAAUUUACCAAGAGAUAUCAGCAAAAAUAAAUUAUUUGUAGGUUUCUAGUACUUUGGGGCCCUGUAUAUCGAGAACUCGCCAAAGUUCAUUGCGAAUUUGACGUUUUUUUAUUAGAACAACGUUUUCUCAAUAAAUUGAGAGGUUAUUUGAUCUUCUAAGGUCAAUAUAUCAAAAAAUAUUGGCUACGAAACAUACUUUGUGACUUUCAUUAACUUUGAGUACCUGUAUCUUAGAAACCGGUCGUAUUUUAUUUUAAAUUUGACAUUUUUCGAAUGAAGCAACACUUUUUCAAUCGAUAGAGACUCUAUUUGAUGAUCCAAGUUCAAUUUACCAAGAGAUAUCAGCAAAAAUAAAUUAUUUGUAGGUUUCUAGUACUUUGGGGCCCUGUAUAUCGAGAACUCGCCAAAGUUCAUUGCGAAUUUGACGUUUUUUUAUUAGAACAACGUUUUCUCAAUAAAUUGAGAGGUUAUUUGAUCUUCUAAGGUCAUUAUAUCAAAAAAUAUUGGCUACGAAACAUACUUUGUGACUUUCAUUAACUUUGAGUACCUGUAUCUUAGAAACUGGUCGUAUUUUAUUAUAAAUUUGACAAUUUUCAAGUAGAGCGAUUAUUUCUCAAUCAAUAGAGACUUUAUUUGAUGUGAAGAUAUGAGAAAACAGAGGCUAAUAUGACAUUUUCAAUAACUUUGAGGCCCCGUAUCUCGUAAGCUAGCGAAAUUUUAUUCAAAAAUUAUCACUUCUCGGAUAAAUCUACUCUUUCUCAAUAAAUAGAGAUUUUAUGUGAUGUUCUAAUUUAACUAUACAAGGACAUAUGAACAAAAACAAAUUGAAUGUAGUUUUCAUUAACUUUGGGGCCCUGUAUCUUGGAAACUGGUCAUAUUUUAUUAUAAAAUUGAUAUUUUUCGAAUAGAGCGAUUCUUUCUCAAUCAAUAGAGACUUUAUUUGAUGUUCUAAGUUAGGUAUACUAGGAGAUAUAAGCAAACACAGUCUAAUUGAACAUUUUUAAUCAGUUUGAGGCCGUGUAUCUUAGAAACUCAUCAUAUUUCUGUAAAAAAUUGACGCGUUUUCAGUAGAGGAACUCUUUCUUAGUCGAUAGAGACAUUAUUUGAAGUUCUAUGUGUAAACUAUAUUAUGAGAUAUAAUGAAAAAGACAUAUAUUGUAGUUUUUCAUAACUUUGAAGCCCUGUACCUUGAAAACCAGUAAGAUUUCAUUGUAAAAUUAACACUUCACGUGUAAAGCAACUCUUUCUCUAUCUAAAGAAAAUUUAUUUGAUGAUUUAAGUUGAGUAUAUCAGGAGAUAUAAUUAAAAACAAAUAUUUCCUAGUUUUCAAUAACUUUGAGACCCUGUAUUUUGGAAACUGACGUUAUUUCAUAAGAAAUUUGACUCUUGCUAAUUAAAAGAACUAUUUCUUAGCGUUAGAGACAUUAUUUGGGGUUCUAAGUGAACUGUUGUACAAAAUAUGAGCAAAAACAAAUAUUUUUCAACUUUAAAGCCCCUUAUCUUAGAAAUUGGCGAUAUUUCAUUGUAAAAUCGACACUUUUCAUGUAGAUCAACUCUUUCUUAAUAAAUAUCAAUUUCAAUUGAUGUUCUAAGUUUAGUAUACCAUGAGAUAUAAUUAAAAACAAAUAUUUUGUAGUUUUCAUCAACUUUGAAACCCCGUAUCUCGAAAACUGGUCAUAUUUCUGUAGAAAAUUGACAAUGGAUAAUAUUUUUGGUCCAAUUGGAUGCUAGUAACCUUUCUACUAAAAAUUCUAAUAAGCAGAUUGCGAUUUCUGUUAUUUUUUUGAUAUUAGUUUUAAAAAUAAUAUUGAAAUAUGUUAAGAUGAAGCAAUCAGCCGAUAAGGACAUCGACCCGAUCGAGGAUCCGAACAAACCCGUCGUAUAUCUUUAUGUUUCCAUAGUUUUCUCGCGCACUGUAUACACAAAUAUUAUAAAUGUUUUAAACGAAGUUAUGUAGACAAUGAGCAACCAAAGUUUUUAUUAUUUUUCUUUACGAAGAAUGUUUUUUCUUAUUUAAAUAACUAGAAUAGUUGUAAGUGCGGUAAAACGGUUAAUUAAUAAUUGUUAAUUUACAUUUAAUUUUAUAUUGUAAGUUCAAAAUGUCAGUCGGGUAUAUUUCAAAUUUCGUAUUAUGAAAAUUUAAUCAACAUUUAAAAAGAAAAAUUAAGAAAAUCAUAUAGCAUUUAUAAAUGUUAUCGUAGCGGAAAUAAAAUUUUAUUUUCAA